UCGUUCUCUUCCCCCCUCUGGAACCCAAGCAAAAUUAGCCGUAAAAUUGCGACAGCUCACACUUAAAUGGCAGCCUCUUCUCCACUCAUUAGCAAUAACAGCUCCGACAUCGGCCAAACCGCCAUCUCCGCCGCCGCCGCAGCGUCUUUCAGCGUGCCACCGAAGACUCUCCGCGGCCUCAACAAACCUAAGUGUAUUCAGUGCGGUAACGUUGCUCGCUCAAGGUGCCCUUAUCAGUCGUGCAAAAGUUGCUGCUCAAGAGCACAAAAUCCAUGCCAUAUUCAUGAGGAAGGAGCAAACAGAGGAUUUUACGGAGUUGAUGCUACCUCCAUUAUUAGUUCUUAAAGCAAAUGCAACAUUUCCAGACAAGACUCCAGCUUCAAGUGCUCCUCUCUUUGAGCAGCAGCCGAAUGAAGCACCUCCUGCAGUGAGUUCUCAUAGAACCGCAUCACUUAGGCAACUUUCUAGCAAUUUUUCCCAAUUCAACAAUUUACAUUCCCCACUCCGUUCAAGGAAAUCAUUGACCAGAAAGGAAGCCGCGGCUAUAAAUGAAUGGAGGUUUUCCAAAUUGAAGGAAUUCAAGGAUAGAAAUAUUGAAGUGGAAAAUGAAGCUUUUGAUCGGUACAUGCAUAAUAUUAGCCUACUGGAAGAGGUAUUUUCUUUGAAAUCUUUCCCAGAAGGCUCCACUGAGGAUGGAUCACACUCUUCAAACCACGACCAUGCAUCUGCAGAGGAUGACACAGAGGAAAAGAUGGUUUCGGAGCAGAAAUUGAAGCUUCGGUCGAAUCGUAGGAGGAGCGAGAAUGUCCGUAAGAGGCUACAUCAACUCGUUGAUGGAGGAUUGAAGAAGCUUCAGAAACUCGAGUUGAAUAAUGGCAGUGUUAAUAACCAAAAUGAACUUGAUAAAAGGCCGGAGAAGGCAAAAGGUUUGAGGGCUGAGAGGGCUUCAGCUUUAAGUGAUCUUAUUGACAAGCUAAACAAGGCCCGCAACGAAGAAGAUCUAAAUUCUUGCAUGGAAAUAAAGGCCCAGCUUUCUAGUCAGCACACUGGGUCUAGAACAGAAACCAAAGAUGUUGAGGUAUCGAAGGAGCAAAUUGCCAAAAAUGACGGGGCACCACCCCAAAAAGAAUUGGAUUAUUUUUCCCAAAAAUUAAUUAGAACAGUGGAAAUUGACCUGCAAGCUCUGACAAGUAUAGAUGCACACUUCUCUUCCCUAGAAAAGAUAGAAGAUUUGUGAUGUGGUUCGGUCUAUUAAUAGAGGAUAGGGAUUAGGUUAGUCUAGAAGAUAGAAGGUAGCAAAGCUAUGCUUUAAUACCGAUCUAGUCUGGUGGCCUGAACUUCUCUCUUUUAGUUUCGCCCAUUCUUGGAUGUCCUUGUGUAAAAUAUGUCGUCGUUGAUAUGGAAAUUAGUAAGAUCCACGUGUCAUGUAUUUUCUUUUGCA